CCCUGACUGUACUGUAUAUUUAUUUUUAUAUGACCUCCGUCCAAUGCAAGUCUCGUCGUCGUCGUUAACAACUCUCAUCAUUUAUAGUUUACUAACUGUUAAGUGCAGUGCAUGCUGUGCUGUAUAUUUAUUUUUAUAUGACCUCCGUCCGAUGCAAGUCUCGUCGUCGUCGUUAACAACUCUCAUCAUCCAUGGAUGCACACUACACUACCUAGCGAUUCCGAUGAACAAGGAGGUGCGCGACGCGGUCUACAAGUUCGAGGCCGACUUCGAGUUCAGCAAGAUGGAGACGAUGAUCCACAGGUUCCCUGCCGGAGCAGGGCUAGGCGACGGGCUGCGCACCAGGUACCCGCACAUGGUGGCGCCGAGGUUCGUCGCCAUCGGCCCGUACCACCACGGCGAGAAGCGCCUCGCGAAGAUGGAGGGGGUGAAGAGCGCCGCCGCCUACUACGUCUGCCUGCGCGCCGAACUCGCGCCGGAGAUGGCGAGGCAGGCGGUGCUCGCCGUCGCGGACGAGGCCCGCGGCAAGUACUACGACUACGAGCACGACGACGGCAGCAGCGAUGGAGGGGGAGGGGAAGAAGGUGGUAAGGCCUGCUUCGCGGCCAUGAUGUUCCGCGACGCCUGCUUCCUGCUGCUGUACAUGGACGCGUACACCCGGUCCUACGGCGACACGGAAGACGACGUGGUGAACAAGUCGAUGCGGCGCUUCCUCUUCGCCAACCGCGAGAGCAUCAACAGCGACAUCAUGCUGCUGGAGAACCAGCUGCCGUGGCUGGUGGUCCAGGCUCUUCUGGGCGCCUUCCCGGGGGACGAAGUCAAGACGGACAUGCGCCGCGCAGUAGGCACGUUCGUCGCGGCCAUGGGGAACUCGUUCAGGAUCAGCGAGCCCUGUAAGCUCGUGCGGUACGAGUGGGACGACGAGCGCGACCCGCCCGCGCACCUCCUUGCGCUCCUCCGGCGCCACAAGACCGAGAAGCCGCCAGAGGCUGGCGACGACGGAACGCACGGCAACGGCAACGGCAACCACAACGCGGAGACGAUGCGCCAUCCACUCAUCACCCCACCACCACCAGCAGCAACAGCAGCAGCAGGUCGCCGCAAGGACGACGACGGCGACGAAGAGAACCCCAGGCCGCGCCCCCAAGCGGCCGCGAAGGCUCCCGUUUCCGUCUCAGCGACUUCUCCCGCCGACCUCGAACAGAUCGGCAUCAAGCUGACGCCCAGCUGGACGGCGUCGUUCUCGGACAUGGGCCUGGAGAAAGGGCGGCUCUUCGUGAGCCGCCUCACGCUUGCGCCGCUGUCGCUGAGCGACGCGCGGGCGGCCUGCCUCGUGAACAUGGCGGCGCUGGAGGUCUGCUGCGCGUCCAGGUUCGGGGACCGGGCCGGCGCGGCCGCCGUCUGCUCCUACCUCGCGCUGCUCGCGUUCCUCAUGGCCGGGCCGGAGGACGUGCGCAGGCUGCGGGCCCUGGGACUCCUUCACGGGCCCCGCGGCGACGGCGACACGCUCGCCUUCUUCAGCGCCGCCGCCGAGCACCUCCCCAGCUACGGCAAGCGGUUCGCGCUCCUCAUGGCGGAGGUCCAGGAGUACAAGCGGACGAGGCGCGUCAGGACCGCGCUGUACAGAUGGGUUCACAACCACCUGGCCACCGUCGUCAAGGUCGUGUCUAUCAUUGCUAUGCUCGUUGGCCUCUACCAGGGUCUCAUCUUCCUCACGCGGAACAGCUAGCACAAGAAAGAUAAUAGAGCAUGAGCAGGACGACGACCUAAACGUACUCUAAUCUAAUCAUGGCUCAUGUAAUUUACCACGAUGGCAGUCGUCGUCGGCCUCAUUAUUAAUGGCCAUGUCGUCUAAUUUCGUGCCCGUUUGGGAGGGCUCCCGAGCAGCUCUAGCUCCGGCUCUUUGCGGGAGCCCUCCCAAACGACAUCAGGAAAACGGCUCCAUAUACGGAGCGAGAGCCGGUUUACUGGUAUGGAGCCGGAGCCAAAAAACUGGCUCUGUACGGCUCCGCUCCUUCGCUCCCACGCGCAGACCUCUGUACUAGGCGCAGUUUGUC